UAGUUUGGCCCAUGAAAGCCGCCGCCUCUUCUGUCGAAAACCCUAAACCCUCUUCCCCUUCCCUUUAUCUUUGCUUGCCUGUUGCCUCCCUCCCCCUGACCGCCGCCGCCGCCUCUUCUUCUUCCCGGCGCCGAUAAGACCGGCGACCUAUUGAUCUUAGAGUGAAGGCUUGAAGGCGUCCGCCAUGGCCAAGAACCCCAAGGUUUUCUUCGACAUCCUCAUCGGCAACGCCAAGGCCGGCCGCGUCGUCAUGGAGCUCUUCGCCGACAAGGUCCCCAGGACGGCCGAGAACUUCCGCUGCCUGUGCACGGGCGAGAAGGGCCUGGGCGCCUCGGGGAAGCCGCUGCACUACAAGGGCUCCACCUUCCACCGCAUCAUCCCCAGCUUCAUGUGCCAGGGCGGCGACUUCACCCGCGGCAACGGCACCGGCGGGGAGUCCAUCUACGGCGCCAAGUUCGCCGACGAGAAUUUCAGGCUGCGCCACACGGGGCCUGGCGUGCUCUCCAUGGCCAACGCCGGGCCCAACACCAACGGCUCCCAGUUCUUCAUCUGCACCGCGCAGACCCCCUGGCUCGACGGCAAGCACGUCGUCUUCGGCCAGGUCGUCGACGGCUACGGCGUCGUGCAGAAGAUGGAGGCCGUCGGCUCCGGGUCAGGAGCCACGGCCGAGCCAGUCCUCAUUGAGGAUUGCGGCCAGCUAGCCGACGAGUGAGCGCCUCCCUGAGUCCUCGUAGUGGAGCGUCAUGUAGACAGAUGAUAUGAAUGGAUAAAUAAAUUUGUUUUGUUCUCAGAUGCUCAGAUUUUUAAUGCAAAUCGGCAUUAAACAUAAAAGAUGGAUGAUGAUUUCAA